AUGCCACAUUGGACAGAAUCGGAAUCAUUAACAAAUUUAACACCAUUGUCGCAAGAACGACGAUCUCGAAGUCGUAAUCGUAUGGUAGUUGAACGAACUGAAGUACGACAGGGCUGUGAUAGUUCCAUAAAUGAUCUUAACAACAACGGGAGAUAUAUGCAAGUCGAGGGAAGGUCAGUUGAGGUACAAUAUGAACCGGAAGUGAUCGGUGAGCAAUUGCAUCGGAAAGAAUUACGUGAGCGUUACCGUGAGCAUCGUGAAGAGCAUCAACGGGAAUAUGAGCGUCAGAAGUCAGAAUGGAUUUCAUCCACUGGUGGAGAGCGUGCAGGAUAUCCAAUUAAUGAGGGUUAUGGAAAUAUAAUGGACAGUGAUGAAAAAAGGACAGAAGUGAGUACAUAUUUGAAUGACUUCAUAGUUUCAAAUAAGUACGAUGAUGGCGACAAUAUCAAUGAUAUCAAUGGAAGUGUUGGUGAAAAUGAUAAGGAGGAAGGUAGUAGUAUUACAGAUGAUAAUGUCUGGUCCAAAUUUGGAUCAUUACGCGAAUUUCUCAGUGAUUACGAAAGCAUCAUAAGCAGUACAAAUCAGGCGGUGCAAACGAGCGAACGAACUGGUGAAUUCGAUUAUCGAAGUGAAUCAGCAACAUACGAGGAAACCGUAUCCACAACUCGUUAUUCCGAUUCCGGCACACCUGAAUAUAGUCUACCGGUGAGAAUUACCUCAUACAAUAGCAAUCCGUCAACAGCAAUUCAUCAACCCGGUGAUUCAACGAUCACCACCGAAACAACUGCUGCAAGCAGGAAAGUUGCAAGUGAUUCAAAAUUUGCUGAGGACACAAUCGUGGUAAGUUAA